AAUUUUCACCCCAUACUUCCUCUUUAGCAGUCUCCGUGCUGAGUAAUCAUGGCAGACGAUGGAUUAGCCGUAGCUGAAAUGCCCGAGAUCAAGCUCUUCGGGCGCUGGUCGUCAGAUGAUGUCCAGGUUGGAGAUAUCUCCUUGACUGAUUACAUUGCUGUCAAGGAGAAGUACUCCAAGUACCUCCCUCACUCUGCUGGACGGUACCAGGUAAAACGUUUCAGGAAGGCCCAGUGCCCAAUUGUCGAGCGCCUCUGCAGCUCCCUGAUGAUGCAUGGACGAAACAACGGCAAGAAACUGAUGGCUGUCAGGAUUGUACGACAUGCCUUUGAAAUCAUUCACCUUCUAACUGGUGAGAACCCACUGCAGGUGCUUGUGAAUGCCAUCAUCAACAGUGGCCCACGUGAGGACUCCACCCGUAUCGGUCGUGCUGGUACUGUGAGACGACAGGCUGUAGAUGUGUCUCCCCUGCGACGUGUCAACCAGGCCAUCUGGCUGCUCUGCACAGGAGCUCGGGAAGCAUCAUUCAGAAGCAUCCGAACCAUUGCUGAGUGCUUGUCUGAUGAACUGAUCAAUGCAGCAAAGGGAUCCUCAAACUCCUACGCCAUCAAGAAGAAGGAUGAAUUGGAACGUGUUGCCAAGAGUAACCGAUAAACAAGUCAUUUGUAUGUAAAGAAGUAUGUAAAUGAAGAAAAAAAAUACUGAAAAAUCA